GGGGGGGGAGGGGUUUGCUUUUGCACAGCUCCAGAGUCCAGGGAGGAUUGCAGAGAAGCAGCAGCCGGAUCUCGGAGAGGUCUCCUUCAAAAGAGAAGCCUCUUUUCAGAGCCAAGUGAAUAAAGGCAUCUUUCCACAGAUGGAGGUGACUCAGUUGAAGAGUCAGGUAAUGGAAGAGCAGGACCCAGAAGGAUCUGGAACUGGCAAGACAGCGAGCAAAGGCCCCCUUCCCCUCCAAGCUGGGAGUGGGGUUGAAUUCUGGGAAAGGGCUGGGCCCGAAAUCCUGGCUCAAGACACCAUGACCUCAGAUGUACAUUGCCAACACUUCCGUCACUUCCACUACCAUGAGGCUGAUGGGCCUCGAGAGGUUUGGAGCCAACUCCACAGACUUUGCAACCAGUGGCUGAAGCCAGAGAGGCACACCAAGAAGCAGAUCCUGGACCUGGUGAUCCUGGAGCAGUUCCUGGCUAUCCUGCCCCCGGAAAUGCAGUACUGGGUCAGAGAAUGCGAGCCAGAGACCAGUUCCCAAGCAGUGGCCCUGGCCGAAGGUUUUCUCCUGAGUCAGGCUGAGGAGAAGAGGCUGGCAGAGCAGAUGCUUCUGAAGAUAGAAGCAACAUUCCCUGAGGCAGAAGAAGCUUUCUUGGAGCAAGAGCACAGAGCGCACACCCAGGAAUGUGCCCAAGAUGACCUUACUGUUUCCUGUGGCAGUGGAGAGAUGCUGUUGAGCAAUCGUCAUUCCAGAGGUGUGGAGAUGGCUGCUGUACCUUCAGUCCAAGUUGGGGAUCUGAGCAACACACAGCCUGGGCCCAUCAUCCUUUAUCAGUGUCCCUUUGCCUUUGAGGAAGUGGGUGUGCAUUUCACCACAGCAGAGUGGGCCCUGCUGGAUCCCCACCAAAGAGCUCUCUAUCUGGAAGUCAUGCUGGAGAUCUGUGGGAGUGUGGCCUCUCUGGCCAGAAUUAUAAGAGAGACUAUGGUGGAGACAGACAACAGCCUCUCAUCCAGAGAAAGUAACCAUCUUCAAUGUCAUCAAAGAACCCAAAUAGGGGGGAAACCUUUUGAAUGCUCAGAGUGUGGAAAGAGGUUCAGUCAGAGUGGCGAUCUUCUGCUACAUCAGAGAAUCCACACAGGAGAGAAGCCUUUCCAGUGCUCAGAGUGUGGAAAGAGAUUCAGGUUGAGUGGUACUCUGGAACAGCAUCUAAGAAUUCAUGCAGGAGAGAAAGCUUUUGAAUGCACAGAGUGUGGAAAAAGAUUCGGUCAGAGUAGCACUCUGCAACACCAUAUAAGAACCCAUGCAGGGGAAAAACCUUUCGAAUGCUCAGAGUGUGGGAAGAGAUUCAGUAAGAGCCGCAAUCUUCAACAGCAUCGAAGAACCCACAGAGGGGAGAAACCUUUUGAAUGCUCAGAGUGUGGAAAGAGAUUCAGUUCCAGUAGCCAUCUUCAGCAGCAUCAAAUAAUCCACACAGGGGAGAAACCUUUUGAAUGCUCAGAAUGUGGAAAGCGAUUCAGUCGGAGUGGCACUCUUCGAGAUCAUCAAAGAACACACACAGGAGAGAAACCUUAUGAAUGUUUAGUAUGCGGAAAGAGAUUAAGUCAAAGUUGUCAUCUUCAAGACCAUCAAAGAACUCACACAGGGGAAAAACUAUUUGAAUGCCUAGUGUGUGGAAAGAGAUUCAGUCGGACUGGUACUCUUCAGCGGCAUCAUAGAACCCACACAGGGGAGAAACCUUUUGAGUGCACAGAGUGUGGAAAGAGAUUUACUCAGAAUUGUGAUCUUCAAAAGCAUCAGAGAACCCACACAGGGGAGAAAGCUUUUGAGUGUUCAGAAUGUGGAAAGAGAUUCAGGUGGAGCGGUGAUCUUCAAAGCCACCAGAGAGUCCACACAGGGGAGAAACCUUUUGAAUGCCCAGACUGUGGAAAGAGAUUUAGUUGGAGUGGCACUCUUCGACAGCAUCGAAGAACUCACACGGGGGAGAAACCUUUUGAAUGCGCAAGAUGUGGAAAGAGAUUCAGGUACACUGGCCAUUUUAAAGAACAUCUAAAAACCCACACAGGGGAGAGAAGCCUUUUUAAUGCUCAGAGUGUGGGAAGUGAUUCAGUCACAGUGGCACUCUUCAGCAGCAUCUAGGAACCCAUGAAGGGGGUAAAACCUUUUGAAUGGAGUUCGAGUAGCAGUUUUAGAAAACCUCUAAGAACCUACACAAGGAAAAACCAUGUAACCUCUUAGCCAAUGAAAAGAGCACUUCUCUUAUUGCGCAGCUAAAAGACAACCACAGACCACAUGAAGCAUUGAAACAAUAAUAUCUUGUAAAAAGCUUUAAUCUACACAGAAAUCUUACCCUAGCCAAGAAGAAAUGUUAUACAUGCUCAGACUCUAGAAGGAGCUUUAACCAUGUUUGAAACUCUCAGAUUUCACAAGGAAGAAAGCAAAGAUGAGCUCUGCCAUUUGAAGACCAAGCAAAAACCAGGGCUGGGAAGACAAAGAGAACAACUGCACACAACUUCCCAAGAACAAUAAUAAUACAGCUCCAGAAACAAAGCAGUGUAACGUGUUAAAAAUGCCAGAAAUUUCAAGAAAUUACAUAGAAGAAUUACAAUAUGGUAAGAAUAACACACAUAAUAGAAUGUAGCUGACAAGCAAAAACAUAAGCCAAUCAAUAAACCAGAAAAGAUGUGUAUAUAAACUAGUAAAUCAUUUCUACAAUCAGAAUGGCUGAGAACAAAUGGGCAUUAUGGGGCGGCUUGGAGGCGUCCCGAAUUGGAAUGGCUCAAAAAGAGCCAUUCCGGAGCCUCCACACUCUCACCCACAUGCCACCUGCAUCCCAUCCGUGAGGCGGCUGGACACCUCCACAUGGGAAGGUGACCCAGAAGCCGGAUUCCUUUUUUCACCUCGGGGGGGGGCAAGCACUGAUGCGCACAAGCGCUCUAGCGCUCUGAAUGGUUUCUUUUAAAACAAACCGAGAAAGAAACCAUGUUUAAAGAAGAAGAUGACCACCUAAGUUCACUGUCCCACAGCAUCUCACCCUCACAAGCCCAGGACAUCCCUCCAAUAUUAAGCAAAGACUCUCAGUCUGUACCUCAGCCUCUAGGAUUGCCCAGACCUUGAGGGGAAAGAUGGAGAGCCUAUAAGGAAUUCCAGAAUCUCCACUCCCUCACCAAUUCCCUCCUACACACAUGACUUUCUAAAAUGAUUAUCUGUGGGGGAGGAGAAGGGCUUUUUUUGUAGCAGGAACUCCUUUGCAUAUUAGGCCACAUACCCCUGAUGAAGUCAAUCCUCCAAGAACUUACAAAGCUCUUUUUACAGGGCCUACUGUAAGCUCCAGGAGGAUUGGCUGCAUCAGGGGGCUGCGGCCUAAUAUGCAAAGGAGUUCCUGCUACAAAAAAAAAAGCUCUGGGGAGGGGCCUGGGACAAAUGGGUGAAAAAGGGCAUUCAAUUGUUGCUCCCAGUGGCCACUGUGAUCCUUCCACCUUUUCAGGUUUCCCUAUUAGGACAGAAGGCUUUGAGAAUUCGGGUUGCUGGCUGGUCAGAUGGCCUUAUUUAGGAGAGCCUCUUUCCUCAAAGGGAAGGUGGCCCAAAGCUCGACUGAGGGAACUGCCAAUUCAUUUGCUGGCAAAACUGAAGAAUUAGAAUUUCUCUUUCAGGAGAUAUGAGGAAAAAAAGAGAUUGUCAAGCUACUAGAUACUAAAACUCUUUCCCCUGAGGCAGCCAGGCUGUCCUGGAGUGGGUGAGAGAAGGAGCCCAGAGCCUGAUGGAGGACAGUGCUGAUUUCUUGGCAGCUUUGUGAUGUGUCCAGCCAAGGACAAAGUUUCUCUUUGUCAAGCUAACAGAUAUUGUUUAAAACUCUUUCCCCUGAGUCAGCUGGACUGGCCUGCAGCAGAAGAAAGAAGACGGCCCAGAGCCUGACAGAGGGUAGUGCUGAUUCCUUGGUGGGCCCAAAAAGGAGAGAGCUGAAGCAUCAAGAGAUCUGCAGCAGCAGAAACCUCUGAAGAGCACAGAGGCCCUCUGCACUUGUAUGGACUUGCCCUUGUCCUGCUGCUACCAGGCCCCAUUUGUUGGAGUUGUGGUCAUAAAGUUAUAGGGCCCAUCUGGUCAAGCUUUCUGGUUCACACAAGGGCUACCUGCUGUCUCUAGGAAGAAGAGAGAGAGAAUGAGUGCAACAGCCCCUCCCCCCCGCUUCAGAUAUAUCAGAAAGUGGGAGGGGGGAUGGUUGUAGGGUGCUCCUCUCACUGUGGGAAUUACCACCUCCUUGGGCCUUUUUUUGUAGCAAGAACGUUGCAUAUUAGACCACACACUCCUGAUGUAGCCAAUCCUUCAAGAGCUUACAGGGCUUACUGUAAGCUUCAGGGGGAUUGGCUACAUCAGGGGUGUAUAGCCUAAUAUGCAAAGAAGUUCCUGCUACAAGAAGAGCCCUGAUCCCACCCCCACCCCCAGCAAGCAGGAUGUAGAAAAUAAAUACGAUGUGCCUAUGUCAACAGGAAGUUGACAUAGGCAGCAAGUUGGUGACAUCAGGGACGACCCUCUGGAUUUUGGGCAAACCUCUGUGGUAGACUUAGCUUCAAACUGUAGCCUUUUGACCGAAACCUGACCAUUCCCCUCCUCCCCAUUACUGACAUGCCUAUGUCACUUCCUGGUGAUGCAGAUGUUAUCUCUUGCUUCUCUCUCCUUGCUCCUGGAAAGGUAAGCCUCAUUCCCUGCCUGCACAUCUGACUGACCAGGUAACCCCUAAACUAGGAUCCUAUUAUGUAAUUUCUGCUUUUAUCUAAUAUGUCACGUUAAUACUUAGACUGUGCUUCACCUCUGGUUUUCCAGAUCUCUACAGGCCAAAUGCCUAGUGUGUUGUCGUUUGGAUGUCCCACUGUACUGAUUGUACCGAUACAUUCAAUGUAAUCUUGCCUUGAGUUCCAGUGAGAAAGGCAGACUGUAGACAAUGUAAAUAAAUAAAAUACAUUCUCUGUUCCUGUUCUAAA